AUGGCGGUGGAGUCGUCAAUAUCCGUGAUGGAUUCUCUGUUGGAGAAGCUCAAGCUCGAUGAUCCGUGGGUCCCACCCAGAUCUUGGGAUUCCCUCCCUUACCAGUCCGGCGCUCCCUCUCGGCCGCCCUCUCAAUCUUCGCCGCCUCUCUACGCUACUUCAACUGUCUCUGUAAUUACGUGCUUUCCGUCUUCCCUUCCCUCUUGUUCUAAAUGGAUGCCUUUUGUUUUGCAUCUAGCUCUCGCUCAUGGAAUUGACAUGGAGGAGCCCAGUUUGGUGAGGUUGGCAAUGAAUGCUCUCCAAGGUGUGGAAUCAGCUUUGACAUCCAUUGAAAAACUCUCAUCAGUACUUCGUUAUAGUUCUGCAGACAGAACUUCUCAUCGGAUUCCCAAUUUCUGGACCCGUUGUUCAAGUAAUGUUAUUGUAGGAAAUGUGCUUACUUCCAUUGGCCAGUCUGGUUGCAUAAUAUUCCUCCUCCGCAGAUUUGUCAGUUACUUCACAAAUCCCAAUUUCAUUGGACCAAGAGAGCUCGAGGAAACAGUAAAAAGUGAUUCCUGUGAAGGACAGUGUACCCCACCACAUUUCAGUUUGAUCAAUCAGGCAUUUGCCAUUUCUGUUGGAAAAGUCAUUGAUGGUUAUGCAUCUGCUCUGAAUACAUUGUCUGAAUCUGUUAGCCUGAGGCGUUGCUUAAAGGCUAACAAUGGAGGCUGUUUUACUAGUAUUGGGGAUUCAGAAGUUACACUGUUGGAGAUGUACCUUCACACCAUGGGAUUGAGGACUCAAAUUGAAACCCUUGGAAAUUUAUGCAAUGUUAAUCAUCUCACUGAUGGCUUUCCUGAGUGGUCUUUAGAAGACUUGAGGACUAAAGCAGACUCAGAGUUCACUGUCUUCCCAAGAAGUGGUGCUUUACUCUCUUUCUUAUAUGCUCAGCUAAAGGUUGCCGAUCCUGCCCAUUCAGCGCUCCUCAAGUUCCUCUUUCUCAAGUGCUAUGAACCAUAUUCUUAUUUUAUUAGGUCAUGGAUCUAUGAUGGUGUAUUUAGUGACCCUCACCAUGAAUUUGCUGUGGAAUGUGUCAGCAAUAUUUCUAUUCAUGCGUUGGGUGACCCUGGAAUACCUUCUGGUUCUCCUUUGCCAAUUAUUCAGGUACGGGAUGGAGCUACUGUGCCUUUCUUUCUUGAAGAGUGCCUAGUUCCACUUUGUAGAACUGGUCAACAGCUUCAAGUGAUAUUGAAAUUGCUUGAGUUUUCCAGUAAUGUUGGUGCAUGUGAUACUCAUCAGGAGAUCCUCCCAACUUUGGUUGGUUUGUCCAGUGAAUAUCCAUGGUUUGCAUUUCCACUCUCAUUUGACAAAAGAACUGUUGAAAAUAUGGUAUUUGCCAGAGACUGUUAUUACCAGAGAAUGCUGGAAAAGAUUGAAAACAUAUUAGUGAAGUUGGAUUUUGGUUCUCAACAGGCUGCACCAGGUGUUGCAUUGAGACUUUCGAACAAUCUCAGCCGCCAAGUAUCUUUUGUUGAGGAUGAAAACUUGAGUCCGCUACCAAGUGUUAGAAGAGAUCCUAAUGUGCCUGAGGAUAUCAUGGGUUCUGAGACGUCAAGCAUCAUGGAUGAGUCUCCCGCUGAAGAUCUCUUGGAGUCAUCUGAAUGCUCAUCCUCGGAAAGCUCCGAGGAGGCAGAUGAAGCUGAAGAGGUGCUUUCAAUGUCUCCGUAUCCAAUGCCUAGUUAUCUAUCUGCAUUGGAUUUUUCGUUGACUUUGUCUGCUGACCAAAAAAUGCAAAAUUUCAACCAAAGUGAUAUCUCAUGCUCUAUGAAAGACCUACCAUUCAAAAGAAACAGGAAAUCUGGUUAUGCUGCAUAUCAUUCCUAUAAACAAGCAUGCUUUGGGACUACUGAGCAAAAACCCUUUCUAGCUCUUGAAAACCAGGUUUCGAGUACUGUGGAUGAUCUUUAUCUUUUAUACGAUCACCAUACCAAUCAGGGAAAAUAUGAUACAUGGUCACUUGUACCUGAUAGGGGAUUGGAGCUGAACAUGGAUUAUGGAUUGCUAAAAAGUGACUCAAAUGACCCUGAAAAUGCCUCCAACGUCUGUGUCGGCAGUGCUGGUCAGCGUCAUUGUCUAACACGCGCUUCCCUGAGAACAUUUGAUUUGCAUUUUUCCUAUCUGAAAUAUGAUUCUACAUAUUUCAGUAAGAACCCAACACUAAAUAGAGAUUCUUUUGGUAUUCCGCGAACUAUGCUUGGAGAAAGUGGCCAUGCAAGUUUUAUGAACUCUCACUUUGACUUCACUUCUGUAGAAGAUCCGCUGAGAACAUGUGCAGUGAAAUUAGCUGGUGAUCAGGGACUCCCAUUAAAGAAUGAAGUUCCUCAAAUAACUGAAAUUCCUACUGCUUCUGUUCAUACUAGCAACACUGCCAGCAUAGUGGACCAGAAUGAUGCUGUUAUGGAGAAUGAUGCCAAAUUGUGCAUUGAUGGUUUAUCUCUGCAUAAAAGGGAUAGUGAUGGAGAGUCGCUGUCCCAAAAUGCUACUGGUGGCAGUGCUUGGGAGAGCUUGCUUGGUAGAUCUCAAAAGAGUGUCAGCAGAACCGUAAGAGACCCCAGAACUUUAUUGGUAUCAGGAGCUGAUAUGCCGCUGGAUUUUGUCAUUAGAAGAUGUGUGUUGGAUGAGAUUUCACUGCAAUAUAAAUAUGUUAGCAAGCUGGCCAUCAAGUUGCUCACAGAAGGAUUCAAGUUGCAAGAACACCUGCAGUCGUUGCGGUGUUAUCAUUUCAUGGAAGUAGCGGACUGGGUUGAUCUAUUUAUCAUGUCACUUUGGCAUCAUAAAUGGCAUGUUAGUGAAGUGAAUAAAAGGAUCCCUGAGAUUCAGGGGGUUCUUGAGUUGGCAGUCCAGAGCUCUUCAUGUGAAGGAGACCCUAAUAAGGAUCGUUUAUAUGUGUACCUGAAAGGAGAUGGAAACAGACAUCUAGCUGCUUCUGCCAAGGGAAUCCAUUCCUUCAAUUUUCUGGGUUUGGGUUACCGAAUCAAUUGGCCUGCCAGUAUAAUUCUGACUCCUGUUGCGUUGGAAAUAUAUUCUGAGAUAUUUAAUUUCUUGAUACAAGUCAAGCUUGCCAUUUUCUCCCUGAGUGAUGCCUGGGCCUUAUUGAAGGGUUAUCAGGUCAAACCACAGAAAGGAACAGUACAGCAAAUUCCAAUAUUAACUGAUACAAGGCACAAGGUUAAUCAUUUCGUGUCUGCAUUGCAGCAAUACGUCCAAUCACAAUUAUCCCAAGUAUCCUGGUUCAGGUUUCUAGACUCUCUUAAUCACAAGGUCAAAGAUAUGUUGGAUCUGGAGUCCGUCCAUAUGUCAUAUUUGACUGAGUCCCUUCACAUAUGCUUUUUAUCCAAUGAAACACGGUCCAUUGCAAGAAUUAUCCAAAACAUCUUGCAGUGUGCAAUGGAUUUUCAGUCUUGUUUGACCAGGAGCCUACUGUGUGCUGGAUCUAAUGAUGAAAAGUCACCGAUUAAAUAUUCUCACGUCGACAUCUCUCAGGUUCACACCAUAAGAAAUGCAUUCAACAAGAACCUGGAGGAUUUAUACCUAAUAUACCUGCAGUCACCUAAACAUGACGAAUUUGGGCUUUGUCGUUUUUGGGAUUAUCUUAACUAUAAUGAUUACUAUUCGGGGCUAAUGAGUAAACAAGACGUGCCACUAAGUGGAGUUGCGAAUAUUGUUCUUCGUCAUGGGUUUCUUUUAAAGGACAAGGGCCUCGACAACGUUCCGUCUCCAUAG